GCUGUCCCAGACACAAUGUCUAUUUUAAUAUCUUUAAUUGUUUUGCUGUUUUCUGGAACGACUUUUUGCCAAGAGAAAACGUAUGUCCUCACAGCACCAAARAUCUUCCGAGCUGGGUCCCCAGCGAAAGUUGUAGUUCAAGCAUUUGGUUACGAUGAGCAAUUUCAAGUCAAAGUUGCCCUAAAGAGCUUUCCAGAUAAACGUACUGUGUAUUCAGAUGGUUUGAUUUCCUUAACUCCUGCCAACAAAUUCCAAGAUGCUACAACUUUAACAGUUCAACCAACAGAUUUACCAAGAACAGAUAAUUCAGACAAAUAYGUGUAUUUGGAAGCUGUUUCUCCACACUUUACAAGAUUUAAGAAAGUUCCUGUUUCCUAUGAGAAUGGGUUUCUUUUUAUUCAUACGGACAAACCAAUUUAUACUCCUGAUCAAUCAGUGAAAAUCAGAGUUUACUCUCUGAAUGAGGAACUGAAGCAAGCUCUGAGAGAGAUUGUCCUAACUUUUGUGGAUCCUGAAGAGGUAGAAGUGGAUAUUAUGGAAGAAAAGGAUUUUACUGGAAUAGUUUCUUUUCCUGACUUCAAGAUUCCUUCUAAUCCUAAAUAUGGAGUUUGGAAGAUUAAAGCCAAGUAUAAGAAGGAUUUUGUAACCUCUGCUGAGGCAAAAUUUGAAGUUAAGGAAUAUGCACUGCCAAGCUUUUCAAUUGUCAUCGAGCCGGAGCAUAACUAUAUUAGUUCAGAUACAUUUGAGAAGUUCAGGAUUGUGGUGAAAGCCAGCUAUUUUUACAACAAAAAGCUUCCGAGUGCUGAGGUUUUUCUUCGUUUUGGGAUAAUUGAAGAAAGUGAGAAAAGAAUGAUGCCUCAGGCACUACUUGUAACGAGGAUGGAAAAUGGAGUUGCUGAGUUCUAUUUUAACAGURAGAGAGCAGCACGUUCUAUAGGGUUUGACAGUCUGGAAGCAUUGGAUGGGUCAUAUUUAUAUAUUGUGGCGUCAGUGUUGGAGUCUACRGGUGGCCUCAGUGGUGAAGUGGAGUUUGCUGGAGUCAGGUUUGCUGUCUCUCCUUACAAGCUGAGUUUGGUUGCUACUCCACUCUUUGUGAAGCCUGGACUUCCCUACUUCAUUAAGGUGCAGGUGAAAGACACCAUGGGUCAAUUUGUAAGAAAUGUCCCUGUAMUUGUCACUGCAAAAUCAUAUGAUGAGCAAAUGGAUGAGUCUGAGUUGAUAUCAGAGGAUUCAGAGGAUGGGAGAAGAGAAACAAGCAUCAGUGAUGGAACUGCUUUGUUUGUUGCUAAUAUCCCAAGAAACAGCAAAAUGUUGGAGUUUCAAGUAAAAACUGYAGAUCCACAUCUUUCAGAUGAAAGCCAAGCAAGUAAAACCUAUGAAGCAAGAGCUUAUUCAUCACUGAGUCAGAGUUAUCUCUAUAUUGACUGGGCUUCAAACCACAAGACCCUGGAAGUAGGGGAUGUUAUACAUGUUAAUGUUUAUCCCCAGAGUCACUACAUUGAUAAAAUACAUCACUACAGCUACUUGAUCACAUCAAAAGGGAAGAUAGUAAGCUUUGGAACGCAGAAGAGAAUUAAGGAUUUGGAAUACGAACAUGUAACUUUUCAGAUAACCCAAGACAUGGUUCCUUCAGCACGUCUUAUUGUUUACUACAUAGUCAUGGGAGAAGGAGCUGCAGAGUUAGUGGCUGAUUCAGUUUGGCUGAAUGUGGAACAGAAAUGUGGGAAUAGCCUUGAUAUUAAGCUGCAGUCAGGGGAAAGGCCRCUGAAGCCAGCAGAGGUUGUAUCACUCACCAUGACAACCCAGUUCAGCUCCUUUGUUGCUUUGUCAUCUCUUGACAAGGCAAUAUAUGGAGUCACAGGAAGAAGGAAGAGAGCAAUGGACAAGAUACUGCUGCAGUUGGAAAAGAGUGACCUUGGGUGUGGGGCYGGAGGAGGACAGAACAACGUCGCCGUGUUCCGAAUGGCCGGGCUCACCUUUCUGACCAAUGCAAACGCUGAUGACUCCAAUGAAGCAGGUGAACCUUGCCAKGAAGUGUUAAGAACCAAGCGGUCUGACUUCAGAGAAAAGAUACAGAAAAAAGUAUUCAAAUACCGAGAUCCAGAAGUCCGGAAAUGCUGCAUGGCUGGAGUUAAAGAAUAUCCAAUCUCUGAGACCUGCAACGACAGAGCUAAGAGAAUUCCGAAGAGCCAAAAGUGCAUUUCUGCAUUUGAAGAUUGCUGUGAAUUUGCCAACACGCUGCGGCGGGAAGAGCCACAUAAACUCCUCAUGUUGGCCAGAAUGCAUUUUGAGUCUGUAUUGGACCUGGAUGAGGCACAAGUUCGUAGCUACUUCCCUGAAAGCUGGUUAUGGGAAGUUCACGAAGUUCCUCCAAAGCGUGUGGUUCCUCAUAUAACCCUGCGAAAUGUCUUAAGGUCCAAGACUCUGUCUGUCACCUUGCCUGAUUCACUGACUACCUGGGAAAUACAAGSUGUUGGCAUUUCUGAUCAAGGUAUUUGUGUUGCUACACCUCUGGAAAUCCAUGUUGUGAAGGAUGUCUUCCUGAGCAUUUAUGUUCCUUAUUCUGUGGUACGAGGGGAGCAAAUUGAGUUAAAAGGAUCCAUUUAUAACCAUCAAACCUCUGCAAUUCAGUACUGUGUUAAAAUAGCAGCUGGAAAUGGAAUCUGUACUUUUGGAGACUCUGCAAGUGCUGGAUCGAGGACGCAGAGCUGUAAAUUUAAGAAGCUGGAUGGUGGUUCUUCCUCAGCAAUUACAUUCCAGAUACUCCCGUUGGAACUGGGUCUUCACACUGUCAAUUUUACACUGCUGACCCCUGGGAACAGUGAAAUUGUWGUUAAAACUUUGCGUGUUGUGCCAGAAGGCAUUAAGAGAGAACUUCAUGAAGGUUUCACUUUGGAUCCACAGGGUGUUUAUGGUUCAUUCAAGAGACUACAAGAAUUUCGAUAUAAAGUCCCACUAAAUCUGGUCCCKAAAACAGAAAUUGACAGAAGUGUCAGUGUAAAAGGAUAUCUUAUGGGUGAAGUGAUAGCCACAGUCCUGAGUCCCAGUGGCCUGCAGAUGCUGACCCAUCUGCCCAGGGGCAGUGCAGAGGCUGAGUUCAUGAGCAUUGCCCCAGUAUUUUAYGUGUUCCGCUACCUGGAGGAGUCAGAUAACUGGCACAUCCUGGGCCCUGAGACCUUGAAAUCAAGAACUCAGAUGAGGAGGAAAAUGAAACAAGGAAUUGUGAGCAUCUUGUCGUUCAGGAAUGCUGACCGCUCCUACAGCAUGUGGAAGGAUGGACAAGGGAGUACAUGGUUGACAGCUUUUGCUUUAAGGAUUCUUGGACAAGUUCAUCAAUACAUCAAGAUUGAUCAACUAUCUCUUUGUGAUUCCCUUCUGUGGCUGAUUGAUAGCUGUCAGAUGCCAGAUGGGUCAUUCCAUGAAUUUUCCACCUACCAGCCAGUGAAACUACAGGGUACAUUACCCCGAGAAGCUAAAGAAAAAUCUUUGUACCUCACAGCAUUUUGUAUUAUUGGAAUUGACAGGUCAAUUAAAAUAUGUCCUACUCAGAAAAUCCAYGAUGCCAAGAACAGAGCAGGUGAUUAUCUGGCACAGAACGUGAAGCAGGCUCAGAGCCCCUUCACCAUGGCCAUCACCUCGUACGCCCUGGCCCUGGUGGACCUGGACCAGCAGGCGGCACGGGAGGCGUUCUCAGCGCUCAAGAAGGAGGCCUAUGUCAUAGGUGACCCUCCCAUCUACAGGUUUUGGAAAGAUGCUUUCAAAGCAGAAGAUGACCCAAGCCCCAGCCCUAGCACUGCACAGAUGGUUGAAACCACAGCCUAUGCCCUGCUCACUACUUUGCUCAGAGGGGAUGAAAACUAUGCCACGCCCAUGAUCAAAUGGCUCUCUGAAGAGCAAAGACAUGGGGGAGGAUUUUAUUCCACRCAGGACACUAUUAAUGCCAUUGAGGCCUUGACUGAAUAUUCCCUUCUUGCCAAACGACUGCAUUUGGACAUGGAUGUUAAAGUAUCCUACAAAAACAAUGGACCCUUAAAAUUAUUUAAACUGACAGAAGACCAUUUCGUGGGAAGAGUUAUUGAAGCACCUUUGCAUGAUAACCUGUUUGUAAGCACUGGCAGCAGCACUGGYAUAGCUACAGUCAAUGUGAGGACAGUGUAUAACACCAUUGGUACUUCUGAAGAGUCCUGUAACUUUGAACUGAAGAUUGUUCCAAAAAGAGAUCUUGAUCACAUCAGAGGAGAUGGGGAGCCCCUGGGGCGCCUGGAGGCUUGUGCAAAGUACAGGCCCAGUGCGAGGGAGCCCCGCUCGGGGUCUGCUCAUGCUGUGAUGGACAUAGGGCUGGUCAGUGGAAUGGAAGCCAAYAGAGAGGAUUUAUCUACUCUUGCCAAUGGAGUUGAUCAGUUGAUAGCAGAAUAUGAGAUAAAAGAUGGGCRUGUUCUCGUGCAGAUUGACUCUGUGCCAGCUAAUCAGUUCCUGUGUGUUGGCUUCMGAGUAAGCGAGCUUUUCCGGGUUGGAAUGCUAAAUCCUGCUGCAUUCACUGUGUAUGAAUAUCAUGCACCAGAUAAAAAAUGCACUAUCCUUUAUAACCCCUAUGGAAAUGAGAAACUUGUGAGAUUGUGUGAAGGAGAUGAAUGCAAAUGCAUGGAAGCUGAGUGUGGUAAAGUCCAGGAGAGGCUGGGCCAGUCGGUCACUGCUGAGAGCCGCAGAGAGGCUGCCUGCCACAGGGACACUGCCUAUGUUUAUAAAGUGAACAUCUUAUCUAGCACCGAAGAAGGGUUCUUUGUGAAAUAUUCUGCAACUCUUSUGGAUCUCUAUAAAAGGGGGGAGGCUUUUGCUCAAAAAGAUAAUGAAAUAACCUUUGUUAAAAAGAAGACCUGURCAGAUGUUGAAUUGAACCCAGGAGAGCAGUAUUUAAUCAUGGGAAAAGAAGCCUUAAGGAUUAGCAUUGGUUACAGUUUCAAAUUUCAGUACCCUUUGGACUCCAGCACUUGGAUUGAGUGGUGGCCUUCAGAUGCAGCCUGUACAUCUUGUCAGGAGUUUCUGAAAACAAUGGAUGAUUUUGCUGAAGAUCUCCUCAUCARUGGCUGUUGAUUCACUUGGACACUUUUCAAAUUAACAAUCCAGGUCAAAUCUCAUUGAAAAGAAGAAAAAACCUCAUCUGUUUAGUAAAUAUUAUUACUCAUUAAUGGUUGCCCUGAAAAAUAAUCCUUGCUUGUAUUUUAUAGCAAUGUUACUACAACAGAGUAAUGUUCAAAUAUAAUUUUUAAGCUGGGAUGAGAGAAUAACACAGAACAUUGAAGUCAGAAGAAGAGGAUUGACUGURAAAACAAACAUGAAAAGUACUGUCUUGUCAUUUAAUCCCAUGUCUUCUCAGAACAUAAAUAUAUGCAGGCACUUUGUAAGCUCUCUGAAAGAAACUUUGUUCCUUAGGUUUUCCUUUUGUACUCCUUUUUUGAAUUCCUGUAUUUCAGUUCUUGACAGUAAAUGAUGCUGGUUUUAUGCUCUGCUUUCUUGUUUAAAAAAAAACCAACCAAACAAAAUUCUUCAAUCGUAUGUGUGCCUUUCAUUAUUUGUGUUUCAGGACACAGUCAACUGAAUCAAUAUCCACUGUAACUUAGGUAGAUUAAAACAAACGUUUCUUUGCAUUUGAUGGCUGAAUUUGACAGUUAAAAAUCUUGCCUUGCCUCCAGGAAAGUGGCAGAUGAAGGGCCAAUUUUCCUGCUCACAGCUCCUGGCACAAAUCAGCUUGGUUCUCAGUAAAACUGAGAAAAGAGUUUGAUACAAAGUACAGUUGCACACAGAUUUUAUUUAUAUUGAAGAGCUGCCCAAAAGCAGCCCGUCCAAGAACUUUAAAAUUACUGUUUUUCCUCUCUCUUAGGAAUAUCACAAUCCAGAACAUUUAAGAUGUGGAAAGAAGAUAGUCAGAGAUGAUGCAAUUUUUAAUUUUGGCUCUGUGAAUAUUUGACUUUUUUUUUAAUCUACCAAACUUUCUAAGAAGUGCAAGAAGAUUGCCCUGUAUCCAAUAAUAACUGGGUAUAAAUUCAAAUUGCAGGGAGAAGUAGACAGAAAUGCUCAGUGAGGUUGUCUAGACAGGCUACCUGUUAACAUUUCUACUCUGAGCUGGUAACUGUGUGUUAUGAGACCUAAUUAUCUUUUUCAAUGGCAAGGAGCAUGUCUUGUUUUCACAGGUGACUUGUGACAUUUAAGUUCUAUUAAUUUUUUGUGAGCCAGAGUGCAAAAAGGCUCCUGAGGGCCAGRAACCUGAUUGAAAAAUAACAUAUAAAAAUGCUGCUCUUAAAUAUC